AUGACUGCCGAUAUCGCUGGUCGUUGCGAUCAUGAUCCUGUUUAUUUUUCAUUGAAUGAAUUUGAACAACACGAACAAGUAAAGCAGUUAAUCGAUCGAAUAGGAUCAAUUAAUGAAGACCCUGUGGUAUCAACUGAUAUCAUCGUAGAUACAGCGGAUGUCGAACGUAUCUAUGAUCAAUUUCAAUAUAUCCUCAAUCAAUAUCAAGAACAACCACAACUACUUGAUACUUAUUUAUCCGAUAUAAUUAGCAAAUUACUUCAUUAUGUCGAACAUGGUCCAAAUAAAAAUCACAUUGCCGGUGCACUUCUUCAUCAUAUAAUAAAACUUCGUGGGUUUAAAGUGAUGAUCACGCGUUUUCUACCUCAUGAACCUCAUCAUUUAAUACUCGUACUUAGUUUAAUCGAACGUGAAUUAACAACAAAUUCAUCAUCCGAAAAUGCAUGGGCAACGCUUUAUUCUCUACUCGUUUGGCUUGGUACAACAUGUAUGGUACCGCUAGAUUUAUGUCGAUUUGAUUCCAAAGUGCGCAAACAAACAACCAUGUCACAAAUUUUAACUAUAUACAAACAUUUCCUUUACAAUUCUGUUUAUAUGCGUAUGGUUGCAUUCAAUCUUGGUCAUUUUAUGUCUCGACAAGAUUCGAUUCGACUCUCGUGUUUAAAUGACUUUUUAACCAGUGAAAUCUUUCCUAUACUUGAAUCAUAUGAUGAAAAGCAAAAUGACGAACAACUUAUUCUACGAAUGACAGCAUCGCUACAAACAGUGUCCUAUAUCUUCAAGUUUGGACAACGUUUAAAUCUAAUCCCUUAUGUAGAUACAUUGUAUAAUUUACUGAUUAAUAAACGGAUUCUAUAUGCGAAGCGGAUUGUUAUACGACGUAUGGCUUAUAAAUUAUUACAGAAACUGGCAAUGACUUUGUUACCGAUGCCGAAACACGGUGCAGCAUGGAGAUAUCGUCGUGGUGUGCGAAAUCUUCUCGAUUCGUUAACAUCAAAAAAGAAUGCGACAACGACCAAUUCAACGACUACAACAGUGACAGUUAAAUCUUCGUCAACAGUCAAUGGACAUAAGCAUGAACCGCACGAGAACGGUGAACAAGAAGGCACCGAAGAUAACAGUAACGUUCCAACGUUAGUCGAAUCCAUACUUGAAUUGCUCAUGGCCGGUCUAAGUGAUAAAGAAUUGUAUGUUCGAUGGUCAUCGGCGAAAGGUCUAGGUCGUAUAACUAAUCGUUUACGGAAAUCGUAUGCUGCUCAAUUAGUUUCACUCUUAUGUGAUCGCAUAUCAACAGUUGCUCUUCUUGCCUGUGAUCAUUACGCUUUACAAGGUGGAUGUUUAGCGUUAGCUGAACUUGCUCGUCGUGGUCUCCUUUUACCUGACCGUUUAGAUUCCGUUAUGCCUAUUGUACAUAAAUCACUGAAUUACGAUGAAAAACUUGGUCAUCAAACAUAUGGACACAUCGUGCGUGAUGCUGCCUGUUAUAUUUGCUGGUCGUUCGCUCGUGCUUUUGAUCCAAUUGAUUUUCGCACAUAUACGGCUGACUUAGCUGGUAUGUUACUCUGCAUAAUUUGUUUCGAUUGGAAUGUUCAAUGUCGUCGUGCAGCCUCAGCUGCUCUACAAGAGAAUGUUGGUCGACAAGGAAAAUACUUCCCCCAUGGAAUCGAUAUUAUCCAACAAACAGAUUAUAAUUUGAUUGGUAAAUUUGAUUAUUGUUUUCUAAUCUUAGCGCAUUCGUUAAUCAAAUACUAUGAUAUAUACGGACGAUAUAUGAUCGAUCAUUUGCUGAAAUAUAAAAUUAUACAUUGGAAAAAAGAAACACGUUUACUAACAAGUCAAUUACUAGAAAAAACGACAAUAGAUUAUGGAACAGUCGAAGAAAUCUACGAACAUACUCUACUGCCAUUGUUUGAUCGGUGUUUAGAUAAGAAAAGUGAUGGAAUUGCAAGACAUGGUCUUCUUGCUAGUUGCGGACAUAUUGUAUACGGGUUGUAUCAACGCUAUCAAAGAAAUCCCAAUGAAUGCUCCCGUAUUGACGAAUUUCGCCAGAACUUACAGAAGAAAAUAGCCAAUCUGUUGAUUGAAUACAAAUCACUAGGAUUGCUCGAUGGAUAUUCUGGCGAUCUCAUCCGACCAGCACUUUGCUUAUUUAUCGAAAAGAUUUCACAAUCUAUGGAAUACUUUACAUCAGAGAAAAGCGAGAACUAUUUUCCCGAUGAAACCAUUCAAUGCUGGCAAACUAUUCUCGAUGAAUGUAUUAGUAAUCUAGAUGAUGAUGUCAGACAAGCAGGAUUGAACGCACUAAAAGCUUUUUCAACUGCAUUCUACUCGAAAUCGAAUUCAUCCGAUAUUCUUGAUCGUUACAUAGGAAAGAUCUCGACUACAUCUCAAGAGCACAUUCGGCAAGGUUUUGCACUUGCUCUGGCAUCAUUUCCUGCUGAAAUGAUACUCACAAGUAAUAGUGUCACAAAAGUUCUCGAUUGUUUAUAUAAUCUGAUCGCAAUUUCGAAACCAACUCAACAUUUAAUCAAACAACGCAAAGAUACGCUGAUCGCUUUUUGUAAUCUUUAUGAAAAUCUUCAUUUACAUUCCUUAUCACCGUUUUCGACUCAAGAAUCGAUCACGAAAUUAAUCAACUCAUACCUUCGUUGUACCCGUGAUUAUACAAACGAUCGUUAUGGAGAUUCCGGUCGUCUUGUACGUGAAACAGCUUGUACACAAUUAGUUCGUUUACUUCGACUAAUCAACGAGCGUGAUAAACAAUUCUUGACAUCCGCGAUUCUUCACAAUUGUCUUAAUGCUAUUCUAGCAAAUGUUUGCUCAAAAAUCGAUGACCUUAGGAUGAUUAGCGGCAAGGCAUUGAUUGAAUUCUUGACUAUUCCAUUUGAUCAAUUGAUCGAUUCAAAGAUUGAUUUCGAAAGAAUCUUCUGCCAAUCAAAUGACAUUGAUUGGCGCAAUUCGGAAAUUGUUUUCCCCUUGCUUGUUCAAUUAUUACUCUUCGAUCGUUAUCGUUACACAGUUUGGUUAAAUUGUUUAAUCACCGCUGGUGAAUUAUCCGAGGCCAGUCAAGCUCUAUAUGACUUUCUAUUGCGGCAUAAAACCAACCAUCAUCUAAUCGAUUUACUCUUUCAAGAUUUAGAAAAAAUUCUGACGAACAAACAAAAUCUCCAAGUCAGAGUUCUUAUCCCAUCGGUACAAGCGUGUGAACGACUUUUAUCGCAACCAACAUUCAAAUAUUUCUAUGAAAACUACCCCAAUGAAUUUAUUCAGUAUUGGAUCAAGUUCGUCGAACUGUUCGAAGAUAUUUUAACGAAGAAAAUCCAAUCAUUAAAUAGCAAUCCAACAUUAUAUUUGCAUUUUAUCAAAUUAUAUUGUUCGUUGUUACAAUUUAACGAUCAGCGAUUGAGAAAUCUGAUAUUGAAUUGUUUGACAAAGUUCUUCUUACAUAAUUACCCAUGGAUUAGACGACAAGCAGCACAAAACUUGCAUGACACAUGCAUUAUGUUCAAUGAUGAAUUAUUUUUCGAUGAUAAUGACGGCAAUUAUGAACAGGUGAUGAAUUUACUAAACGAAACCGAUUGGGAACAAAAUUUAGAUGAUUUAACAAAGAUCCGGCAGACUUUAUUACAUUUAUUCCAUGUAGAAUGA